AUGAAAACAACUACCUUAACAUUAAGAAACGCAGAUGAUGCAGCCCCACAAGUCACUCUCAAUGCAGUAAUGACAGUUGCCGGAAGUGAUUCUUCUGGAGGUGCUGGAAUUGAAGCUGAUUUGAAAACAUUCAGUGCAUUUGGUGUAUAUGGAAUGACAUGUAUUACUGCAUUGACAGCUCAGAAUACAACUGGUGUUAGAAAUUUCGAUAAAACAUCUCAAAAAUUGAUUCAUGAGAUAUUGACUGCUAAUUUAGAAGACAUGUUAUUUGGAUAUCCUAAUGGCGAAGAGGCACCAUUGAAAGCAAUUAAAACUGGUAUGUUAACAGAAGAAGCUAUUAGAGAAUUGGUUGAAUAUUUACCUAGAAUUAAUAAAUACGGGGUUAAAUUGAUAAUUGAUCCAGUCAUGGUUAGUACUUCUGGUUCCAAGUUAAGUGACGAUGAAGGUAUGAAAUUAUGUGUAGAGAGUUUAAUUCCAGAGGCUACUUUACUUACCCCAAAUUUCCCUGAAGCUGAAGCAUUGUAUAAAUUAACCAAGGGAGUGGAGAAAAACAUGGAUAUUAACUCACUUGAUGAAUUUGUUAAAUUUGUUGUUGAAUUACAAAAAUCUUUAAAGUGUAAAAACUUAUUAGUUAAAGGUGGUCAUAUUCCAUUCACGAAGGACGGUUUUCCAGCUAAUGAUUUGAAACAAGCAAAUCUCCGCAUCAAUGAUAUUUUAUAUGAAAGUGAAGAUGACAAAGUCACCAUUUUUGAAUCAGAUUAUAUUAAUUCCACUGAUAACCAUGGAAGUGGAUGUACUUUAGCCUCGGCAAUCUCUGCUAAUAUUGCUAAAGGGUUAUCUUUAGAAGAUGCUAUUGCUAUAUCGGUUGAUUAUAUUCAUCGUAGUAUGACUAGUUUGAAGAAGAAGCUUGGGUUUGGCAAUGGUCCAUUGAAUCAUACUGUUGCUCCAGUUAAGAAAGUCAGUUCAAUUGUAACUGGUCUGAUGGAGAAAACAUUACAAAUCACAAAUGGAAAUACUUCCUUUUACGAAUAUCUUAUUAAUCAUCCUAAAGUGAAGGAUAACUGGAAGAGAUACACCGAACAUCCAUUUGUUAAGGCCCUUGCAGAAAAUAAACUUCCAUUUGAAAACUUUAUCUAUUUUUUGAAACAAGACUACCAUUAUUUAGUCAACUAUGCACAAAUACAAGCAUUUGCUGGUGCAGUUGCACCUACUUAUCAACAAACACACGCACAAGCUACAAUUAUUGGUGAAAUUGUUACUGAAAUUGAAAGACACAAACAAAAACUUUCAAAACAUUACAAUAUUGAUUAUGAAAGAGACAUGGAUUUUGAUGUUCAAUUAGGACCGGGUCCAGCAUGUAUUGCUUAUUGUGAUUACUUGAUUAAUGCCAGUAAAAAUGAAAAUUUUACAGGGAUCAAAACUGCUGUUUCACCAUGUCUUCAUGGUUAUGCUGCUGCUGGUGUCUAUGGUCAAAAAAUACGUGAAAACACCAAAGAUUUCGGUGUUGUUACUGAAGAACAAUCCAAGAUCUACCAGGCAUGGUUAGACGAUUAUACUUCUCCUUGGUAUACUGGAGCUGAUGUUGAAGGAAAGAAAGCAUUACAAGCAUUGGCACAAGAAGACAAUAUGAAUGACAAGAGAAUUGAAGAAUUGGUUGACAUUUUCAAUGAAGUCACCAAACUUGAAGUUGGAUUCUGGGACGAAUGUUUAGAUCUUAAGCCAGCAAACUAA